UGCACAACCCCACUUCACUUUCCCUUAUUUAAGGAGCUAGCUAGAGGCACAAUAUAUAGCUAACAUCAUCAAUUUCUCUUCCUGUGUGUGCACAUGGGUUGGACACGAGAAGAGAAUAGACGUUUUGAGGAUGCUCUUGCAGUUCAUGGCCCUGAAGACCCCAAUCGGUGGCAACAUGUAGCAAACGCCGUCGGUGGAAAAUCCGUCGAAGAGGUGAAGAUGCACUAUGAGAUCCUCAAGGAAGAUGUCAUUCGAAUAGAGCGUGAUCAAAUCCCACUACCCAGGUACAGAGGUUCUCCCAUCAACGGAAGACAGAUUGACAAUGAGCAAAGCAGGCGAAUGAGGAAUCUAAGUCUCCGAUGAGGCGACCAAGGCAUGUGCAACAUAUGUUGCUGUGCUCACUGUGUUGUCUUUUGUCUAUUUCUUUUCCUAGCUCGUAUAUUCGCUCAAUUGUAAUUUGUAAGAAAUAUGCA